AUGCACUGGAGUUUCGCUGAGCCAAGGGGUAGAGUGAGCAGGUGUCCACAAAAGAAGGCAGGGGCGCUCUGUUACAAGCCGCGAUUCAACGGUAAGCGAGGCGAUUAUGGCAGUCUGAAGCCUCAGCUCUGCCUUGCACUUGAAGCUGAUUUACCCGUCCCCUCCUGCACCACAUUUGCCACUCAAACUCACGCACCAGCACCCCCCACCGCCACUUGCUGUUACCGCUGCUCCUCGAAACAAAAUCGAAAAAUAAAAAAUAAAAUUUUAUUUCGUCUCUCUCUCAAACUCUCUCUCUCUCUCUCUCUCUCUCUCUCUCUCUCUCUCUCUCUCUCUCUCUCUCUCUCUCUCUCUCUCUCUCUCUCUCUCUUCUCUCUCAAACUCUCUCUCUCUCUCUCUCUCUCUCUCUCUCUCUCUCUCUCUCUCUCUCAAACUCUCUGUCUCUCUCUUUUUUUUUUUUAG